UACCGCCCUUGUUUGCUGUUUCCUAGAGAGAGAGAGUGUGCACUUUUUCUCGCUUACCAAACAGCACACAUCUCAAGCAGCAGACAGCGUAGCCUGAAAUAUAGCGAGAGCGUGGGUGUGUGAGCAAAUCGAUCUCUUGGUAACGGCUACUUGUGGUCGUACAGAGGUAGAAGGCUGUGAAUUUUGUUUUGGUGGCUGCUGAUACUGGAAUGGAUUACAACAAUGAAAAUAGUGAGUCAUGGGACUGGCACAGAAAAGAUUAUUGUCUACAAAAGGAUCCCAAUUCCGACAUAUCUGAAUGCCUAUGGAAUGGAGUACCACAGAACAAAGAGGAUCUUUCAUACAUAUUCGAUGAAACAACUCCUGUCAAGGCUUGUGGGGAUUUGGCUUACCAUGUUGCUCAUAGUGGGAAUAUGGACAAGGAACCAGAAGAAUGUAGAGAGAGUUCUUUACAAGUAAAGAGGCGCCGGAUGCUACAGUUCAACAGUCAAGCCACGGAUCCUUCCCAUUCAAGUGAAGAGAGGUCAUCUGCAUUCCUAAAAUCAAAUGAGAGGGAGGAUUCACUCGAAGAGUUUUGCCCUGAAUCAUCAUAUUGGAUUUCUGGGCCUUCAGGAAAUGCAUCUGCCUUGACUAAUGAGUGCCUGGAUCAGUCAUCUGAAGAGUGGCUUGCAGAAUGCUUUAAUGAUACCGAGAUGAAUUUCAACACUGAUGAUGUGGAUUUAUCUGGAGCACCUGAUAUUCAGUUCGACAUUGCAGAGUUGUGUGACUUUCCACCCAAGUAUGAAGAUAAUGUGGUCCAACAGCAUGUUACUCGAACUCCUCAAAAAAUUGUUUUUAAAGGUAGGAAUUCUUUCAUACGGACUCCAACUAAGUUGGCUGCUUCUGUUGCCUAUCCAUUUGCUUUCAUUAAACCAAGUGGGGCCCACGGAGAUGUAACUUUGAAAGAAAUAAACCAGAGGAUUCGCACACCACCUCCUUCAAAAUCGAAGCAAGGUGGAAUACAUUUCAUCAUGCUUGGGGCCUAUAUUGCAUACAAUAAAUCAGCGGAUCAAUACAAGUGGCUAGAGAGAGACUUGGCAAAUGUUGAUAGAUCAAUAACUCCAUGGCUAGUAGCUGCUUGGCACCCACCUUGGUACAGUUCCUACAAAGCUCAUUAUAGGGAGGUAGAGUGCAUGAGGGUGGCGAUGGAAGAGUUACUUUACUCUUAUGGUGUUGACAUUGUCUUUAAUGGACAUGUUCAUGCUUAUGAGAGGUCAAAUCGAGUUUAUAACUACAGUUUAGAUCCAUGUGGUCCUGUUUAUAUCACAGUUGGAGAUGGGGGUAAUCGAGAAAAGAUGGCAAUCAAAUAUGCUGAUGAUCCUGGCAACUGUCUGGAUCCAUUGACUACUCCAGAUCAAUACAUGGGUGGAUUUUGUGCUACAAAUUUCACAUCUGGCCCAGCAGCGGGUAAGUUCUGUUGGGACCGGCAACCCGAAUACAGUGCAUUAAGAGAAAGUAGCUUUGGCCAUGGUAUUCUAGAGGUGAAGAAUGAAACCUGGGCCUUGUGGACAUGGUACCGAAAUCAGGAUUCUUACAGUCAAGUUGGGGAUCAAAUCUACAUAGUAAGGCAACCUGAUUUGUGCCCUGUUGAUCAGCAGAUAAAUACCAGUUGGUUCGCACUUCGCAGCCGGUUAAGUACAUUGCUUGAAAACUCACUCCGGCGAUGAGAACAGUGCAACUGGCUUCUGAUGUUGCAGCCCUUUGUAUAGAUUAUGAAUGAGUGAAGAAAAUUAUGGAUAUACAGAUGGAUAAAAAGUAUAGGACGGGGUGGCAUCUUGUCAUUGUUGAUAGGUUUCUUCCCCUUAUACAAGUAAAAAUUACACUUGAAAGAUGCUUAUUACUGGGCAUAGCUGUACUUAAAUGCUUAUGUCAUCGUUGUCUACUUAUCUUUUAAGUAAGCCAAUAUAUACGUGUGCAAAUGGUCAAUGUACUUACAUAGGAGAAAAAGGGGAAGUGGAAUGUUGAGGGAUUAAGGUUGAUUUCUCUGCAA